AUGCCUCUCGUCGCGCAGAAUGUCAAACCUCGCGUCAUUCUCGGUUUAAUGACCUUUGGUCCCGAUCGUGACGCGGGCUCACGCAUAACUUCCCUGGACGAAUACAAAAAAUGUCUUGACUAUUUCCAGCAGCAAGGCUAUAACGAAACUGACACCGCGCGCAUUUAUGUUGACGGGAAACAGGAAGCCUUUACGGCGCGGGCAGGCUGGAAGGAACGGGGUCUCACCCUCGCAACCAAAUGGUACCCUUCCCAACCAGGCUACCACCACGCCAAUGUAGUGAAAGAGAAGCUCGAUGAGUCGCUGAAGGAGCUGCAGACGGAUUGUGUAGAUAUUUUUUACCUACAUGCGGCGGAUAGAUCCGUCCCCUUUGCGGAGACGUUAGAAGCUGUCAACGAGCUGCAUAAGGAAAGGAAAUUUGUGCAACUUGGAUUGAGCAAUUAUACUGCCUUCGAAGUUGCCGAGAUUGUCACUAUGUGCAAUGAGCGCGGUUGGGUGAGGCCAACGAUCUAUCAGGCCAUGUAUAAUACCAUCACCCGCUCGAUUGAAACAGAGCUAAUCCCCGCCUGCAGACGCUACGGUAUCGACGUGGUAAUUUACAACCCGUUAGCCGGCGGCCUGUUAUCCGGUAAAUACAAAUCCACCGAGAUACCAGCCACCGGCCGCUUUGCGGAUCGAUCCUUAGGCGCCAAUUACCGCAAACGAUACUUCAGAGACGCUAACUUCGACGCGCUGCGCAUCAUCGAGCCCGUUGUGCAGAAACAUAAUUUAACGCUUAUCGAGACCGCGCUUCGCUGGGUGCAUCACCACUCUGCGUUGAAUAUUGGAACAGACCCAUCGUCGCGCGAUGGGAUUAUCGUUGGCGUGAGCAGCUUCGAGCAGUUGCAGGCGAACUUGGCGGAUAUUGAGAAGGGCCCGUUGCCUGAAGAGGUAGUGAAGGCACUGGAUGAGGCUUGGUUGGUUGCAAAGGCGACGGCGGUAAAUUAUUGGCAUUUGGAUCUGAAAUAUACGUAUAAUACGGUGGAAGCAUUGUUCGGGCCAAAGGCUUAA